AUGGAGACUGUUUACAUGCAAAUUUCGGUGAUGCUGGUGGCCGUGGUGUUGCUGCUGAUGGCCAGCUGCCUGGACGGUUCCCUUUCGCCGGCGCUACAAGAUCUCAACCAGUCGCAGCAGCAGCUGGCGGUCGAUCUGGAGCCGGAGUUCGAGGGCACCAUCCAGAACAUAUCGUCGCCGACGGGCCGGGAAGCGGUCCUGACCUGCUCGGUGCGCAACCUGGGCCGCUACAAGGUCGGCUGGCUGCGGGCCUCCGACCAGACCGUGUUGGCGCUGCAGGGCCGCGUCGUGACGCACAACUCGCGCAUCAGCGUCGUGCACGAGGACUUUCGCACGUGGCGCCUCCGGAUCCGGCAGCUGCGCGAAUCGGACCGCGGCUGCUACAUGUGCCAGAUCAACGCGAGCCCGAUGAAGAAGCAGAUCGGGUGCAUCGAUGUGCAAGUUCCGCCGGAUAUCAUCAACGAGGAGUCGUCGGCCGACAUCGCGGUGCAGGAGGGCGAAGAUGCGACGAUCGUGUGCAAAGCCGUCGGACACCCGACGCCCCGGGUCACCUGGAAGCGCGAGGACGGCGAGUUCAUGCUGCUGAGGAAACCGCAAAGCCGCGAGCUGAUACGAGUGGAAGCGUACAACGGCACCCAUCUGCAUCUGCCGAAGCUGGAGCGAAGACAAAUGGGCGCUUACCUGUGCAUCGCCUCGAACGAUGUUCCGCCGGCCGUUAGCAAGCGUGUUUCGCUGAGUGUGCACUUUGCACCGUCCGUACGUCCAACAAGUCAGCUGCUGGGGGCCCCGCUCGGCUCGGAUGUGCAGCUCGAGUGCACGGUCGAGGCGUCGCCGAUGCCCGUGUCCUACUGGCUCAAGGGUGGCCGCGUCCUGCCGAACAGCUUCGGCAGCCUAACGAACGGCAAUUACGACCAGGCGGGCCUCAGCCGACCGGAAAUGCUGCUCGAUGGGCCCAAGUACGGGAUCGCCGAGGAACGGCACGGAUUCCGGACCAACAUGCGGCUCGUCGUGCGAUCCUUCUCGCCGGCCGACGUCGGGACGUAUCACUGCGUUAGCACCAACUCGCUGGGCCGCGCCGACGGUACCAUGCGACUGUACGAAAUAAAAAUUCAUCCGGGCGGUGUGCCAACAUCCGACGAUAUAAAAAAUUACAUCGGAGGGCUCGCGGAAGCGGCUCGUGGCCGCGGCAAUUCCGCCAGUGGCUCCUCGCUACACAUAGGCACGGGAACGUGGCAUCCGCUGUUGCUGCUGUCGCUGAUGAUGAUUACGAUACUGUCAAUGGCCCCGGGACGGACGAUAAGGACGAACGUUUCCGGGGGCCACAGCCCUGUCAGCAGCAGAUGA